UGUUUGACUACCCGCAAGCAAGCGGUGACAACCACCUGUGGCCCUGAGAGCAGCCGAUACGAGACCUUGAGUGUUUGACAUGUGAAUCGAGGCUCUGAAAGCGAAGGAAAUCGGAUUGCGAGUUCCCGAUAAAGGAAUCUGAUAAAAAUAAGGUUGAAAUUCGCAUGCCGCUGGUAUUUUUUAAAACUCGGCUGCCUGUAGGUCAGCGGCGAUGGCGGCGGCUGACCGGGUGGCGGGAGGGGAGUUUAAGUGGCUGGAAUGGCGACGACGAGGACGGCAGCAGCGAUGACGUCUGCGGCUGUGGCAGCGGCGACGAGAUAACUGCGGGGGAAUGAUUUCGCUUACGUACUCAGCGCCUUUUCUUCAAUUUACCUAUAUUCAUUCGCUUGUCGGCGAGGAACACGGCUGAUACGCCUCCCACGAGCCUUGAUCUAUCAUCGGUUUUCAACACUGCACGUAAAUACACGUAGGCAUAACCUCGAAAACGUAUCACUAAACUCGGUGUCAGUCGAGUUCUCGUUUAGCGAGAGGUUCGACCACCGUAGCACGGUGUCAAAGGCGGGAUAGCUAAUUCCAAAAAUCCCCGAAGAUGUUGAGAGGAUACGGACCUGUCACCCAGGCCCUUCUGGGCACUUUGUUCACGUGGGGUUUGACGGCGGCGGGGGCUGGGCUCGUUAUUUUCAUACGAGGAAAACAGAGGAAACUAUUGGACGUCAGCCUUGGUUUUGCAGCUGGAGUUAUGAUCGCUGCAAGCUACUGGUCCUUGUUAUCACCAGCCAUCACAGCAGCAACGGAGAGCAAAACUUAUGGGGAAAAUGGAGAAUAUGCGUUUUUACCGGUCGGACUUGGAUUCCUCCUAGGCGCUGGUUUUGUCUACGGCACAGACGCGUUGAUAUCUGCACUAGGCGUUCAGUCCCCGAAUGUGGUUUUAGCCAUGCAAUCAGUCGGUACGAAACAAAGACGAAAAAUCCUGGCAAAGCUAAAGAGCGACCAGGAUAUUGACGACAGUAUUAUUGUUAGUGAAGUUAAUGUUAGUGGUGCAAAAGUCUACUCUGACGUCGAGUCGACCACCAUCGAUGGCUUCUACGAACAAAGUACCAGAAGAAGACAAACAGCUAACACAGCUGCACGUAUUCCCGAAGCAGGAGAUGCCGGAACUGUUUACGAGGACCCAAAUGACGAAGCGAAAAACGACCAGUGGCGCAGGAUACUGUUGCUUGUCGUUGCAAUCACGGUUCACAAUAUUCCCGAGGGCCUUGCAGUGGGUGUCGGAUUUGGAGCAAUAGGAAGCACAGCCGAAGCUACUUUUGAAAGUGCAAGAAACUUGGCUAUCGGAAUUGGGAUACAGAACUUCCCGGAGGGUCUGGCCGUCUCCGUCCCUCUUCAGGCUGCUGGAUUCAGCACGCUAAAAAGCUUCUGGUACGGACAACUUUCGGGGAUGGUUGAACCGAUCGCCGGGGUCUUGGGUGCGGCUGGUGUCAGCUUAGCAUCGGUGGCCUUGCCUUACGCUCUCUCCUUCGCUGCCGGUGCCAUGAUUUACGUUGUCGUCGACGACAUCGUUCCGGAAGCCCAUUCGAGCGGUAACGGAAAGCUAGCAAGCUGGGGUGCAGUUGUUGGCUUCCUUAUUAUGAUGGCGCUCGACGUUGGUCUUGGAUAAAAAUAAGGAAGUAAACGACAAUUAUUACAGCACGGAAAACGCGCAGGCAUAUGCCGCCUCCCCCACCGAUGGAUUACUCGCGAGUUUCUCUUUUAUUUUAUUUUAUAAUAUUAUACACAACGACGAGCCGUUUAUACCAAUCGGUAUUUUAAGUUUACACGUGAGUAUAUACAGUAUUCGAAAUCCUGGCUUGCGCAUAUACCUACAUUUUUAUACAUACCACGUAUAUAUAUGUAUAGUAUCCAAAAAUGAUUACAUCUGAAACCAGUAUUACGUGGGUAAAAUUGUACAUAAUUUUAGAAUUUUAAUACGCAUAUGCACAACAAUAGUGUCUACGUGUAAGUGAAUGUAUUGCUCACGUGUUCGGACGACUAUAAAGGUGACUGCUUCUUACGCGAAAAGUUCAAUUAAAGAAUUGACAAGUCAGAGAUAUGCACUUGAAUAUGUCUGCUCGUUUAUAUUCGCAAAGUCUUCCGCUAUGCCUCAAAUUUCCUAUGAUGCAAAUACGUCAAACAUCAAAUCAUUUCAAUAUCUUUAUAUUUUACCAUAUUUUAUACCAUUUUAGAUGCCUUCUAUCACUAAACCCCAACAUCAUCUUGAAAAUCAUCUCAUACACAAUGCUCGAAAAAAGCUACAAUCACAUUACAUACCGAAAAGAACAGUUACAGACAAUGUAAAGAAAAAAAGAAAGAAAGAAAACAAAAAAAAAAAAAAAAUGGUGGUACCAAAUGCAAAUUUCUGUGCUGUUGAAUAUUAGGAAAAAGAAAAGUAGCAUCAGGGUAAAGCAAUUUAUUACACCACAAAUCAUUAUAUGUAAAACUUAUUUCCCAUUCCAUUAGAAAUGUGACCUAAUUGACGUACUUAAUUGACUCCCUACAAUAUGCGUGAGUAUACGUGUGUGCUUGUCUGAAUGGGUUUAAGUUUGUACAAAAUUAAUAUUCAUAAUAAUGAUAAUUUUAUUUCAAUAAGACGUUUUCCAUUACGUGCGUGCAAUUGGGUAUUUUUUUCUUCAAUGUGAUGUACUUAUGUAUAAAAAUUAUAUAGAGCAUAAGAAACGAACUGUACAUAGAUAGUAACUUUAAUUAUGUAUACAUACGUGUAUAUAUGUAUGCACACAUAUACUGUAUAUGUAAAUAUAUUAACUUAACAUAG